GGCACGAACUUCGCCAUAAUGUGCUUACAUUCCGUCUUCACCAUGUGACGAAACAUAACGAAACAUUGUGUUGCUCUCUUACCCCUCCGCUCUGUUCUUCUCCAAAACCGGAGGGAAAUCUUGUUCAAACACCGCAUAAUCAAGACAAGCUCGUUCGUUCCUUAGCCCACGAUGCCGCGCCCAAACGAAGUAUUUCUCUCGCUGCCGGAUGACACCCCGAAGUCCAGCACAACGACGAUCAAUAUUGCCGGAUUCCAUGUGCACCUUUACGGUGUCAGCGAGCUGACUCCCGAACAAGCCAAGGACACAGUGGUGCUUUUCCACAUCCACGGCCGGACGAGGACGUACAAGGAUGCCGAGGCGAUUGGACACCAGCUCCUGCACCAGAUUAGACAACGGGGCGGCAACAAGAAAGGUCUUGUCAUCGCCACGUUUGACAAUCGCAAUCAUGGCUCAAGAACGGUUGACAACAAUGCCAUCAACGACUGGAAGAGCGGAAACCCGCGACACGCGCAAGACAUGCUUUCAACGAUGGACGGAAUCGUCACCGACGUCCAGACCGUCAUCACCUUCCUCGAGAGCUACGUGGACGGCAUCUUCCGGCCGACCCAGUUCAUCGUCACCGGCCUGUCGCUUGGCGGCCACGCCAGCUGGGACGUGCUCGCCCGGGACCCCCGCGUCAACGCGGCCGUCAUCGUGGUCGGUUGCCCGGACCUGACCGCCAUGCUCCUCGACCGCCUCGGCGGCUACUCGUCGACGGCCGACGUGCCGUCCGGCACGGAAAAGUGGCCCAAGUCGGUGGAGAGACUCUACCUCGCGCGGGACCGGAGCUUGACGGAGAUUCGGGGGAAGAAGAUACUUGUGCUCAACGGGGCCGAGGAUCCCCUGGUGCCGAGCCGGUUCACGCGGCCGUGGGUCGAGAAAUACGCCGCCAACAACGACGUCAUCUUCGUCGAGCAGGAGGAUACUGGCCAUUGGAUGUCGUAUCAGAUGAUGGAGAGGAUUGAGGACUGGCUGCAGCAGUUCUUGAACUGAGAACUCUUGUGACCUAGGUUUUGUUUAGGGAAGUUGACAUGCUGUCUGACGCCUUCAAGAUCGGUGUGGUUUGUGAUUAUGAUGAUACACUGCCUUCACAAGCUUUAUUAACUUGUCUACUCA